AUGAAACCUGCUUAAAAUUCAUUAAAUGCUAAACAGAGUGGUGAAUUCAAAGCUUUAGUGAAAUUGCUUGAUGCUAAAGAUUAUAAAAAGGGUCUUAGAAAUGCCGAAAAAUUGUUGGAGUAAGUGCCUGAUAAUUGGGAGGUGGUGUCUCUCAAGGCCAUCUUUAUGUAUUACAAUGAUGAACAACAGAAGGGAUUAGAAUUGGCUAAGCAAGCAGUGUAUAAGAAUUUGGGAUCAGACUUUUGUUGGCACAUUUAUGGUUUAAUUUAUAAGGCCUAAAAAAAUUAUAUUGAGGCUGUAAAAUGUUUCCUACAGGCAAUUAAUAAAGGAGAAGAAAACAUCCAAUUGGAGAGAGACACUGCUAAUUUGUAAAUUCAUACCAGGGAUUUCGAGGGCAAUGCUUAACUUAGACAUAAGAUAUUGACCAAAAAGUCGAACAUGAUAGUGAAUUGGAUUGCAUUCAUAUUUGCUUAGCAUUUAAUUGGAAACUACGAAAUAGCCUUUAAAGCCAUCAGUUCAGCUGAAUAGUUGAUCUAAAAGGAUUAGUAGAAUCCUAUUAAGAAGGUUGAAAUGAAUGAAUUCAAAUUGUAUUAAAUCUAACUCGCCAUCGACGCCAAAGAUUAUUAAAAGGCCAAAUAAAAUAUAAGCGCAUUCAAAAACGACAUCACAGAUAUGGUGGCCUAUUAUGAACUCCAGUAUGAUCUGUAUGUCAAAUUAGGAUCGACUUAAGAAGCAGUAGAAGCAGCAAAGCACCUCCUUUAACUGUAACCAUAGAAUUGGAAAUACUAUUAAUUGUUGAAGAAGGCAAAUCCAUAAUUCGAUUUGUCAAUUUAUGAUAACACUUUGGUGUAGGGUCAAUUAUUAGCUGAAUAGAGUGGAGACACAUUCAAAACCAAUUUUGUGAAAUUUAUUGACCCAUUCUUUUAGAAGUCUCUUCCUUCUUUGUUCAGAGAAAUCAAACAUUUAUAUAAAUAAAAAGAGAAGUUGGACGUAAUUAGAGAGGCAUUCGAAUCAUAUCUAAAUGCAGGUCCAAUCUAGAAGCUAUGGGCAUUGAUGCUUUUAUCCUAACAUUACUACUAAGUUAAGUAAUAUGCAAAGUCAUUGGAAUUGGUGGAAGAGGCCAUUGCCCAUACACCCACUUUACAUGAAUUGUAUUUGAUUAAGGCAAAGGCAUUGCAUAAGUAAGAAAAAUUCAAGGAGGCCUAUGAGACAGCCGAUCGAGCUAGAUAAUUGGAUUUGGCUGAUAGAUAUUUGAAUAAUAAGACAAUCAAGUAUGCCUUAAGAGCAAAUCUGGUUUAUUUGUCAUAAGAAUUAUUGAGGAUGUUUUUGAGAGAUGGAUCAAAUCCAUAUGAAUUAUAAAUGAUUUGGUUCGAAUUGGGAGUUGGUAGAACAUUUUUAAGAUUGAAUUAUCUUGGACCAGCAUUGGCUCAAUUUUAUUUGAUCUUCAAGCAUUAUUAAGAGAUGUAUGAUGAUCAAUUGGAUUUCUAUUAAUUUUCAAUAAGGAAAUACACACUCAGAUCAUUAUUGUAGAUGUUUGAUGCGAUGGAUACUAGAUAUGGUGCUAAAUACUUCAUUGAAACAGCAGGCCUAAUGAUUGAAGGUUUGAAUAGAUUAAAACUCAAGUAAUAGGAUUAAGGCAAGGUUGAGUAGAAGAAGUUGACACCAAAGGAGAAAAAACAAUUGCAAAAGCUGUAAUAAAAGCAGGAGGAGGAAAAGCAUUUGAGAGAACAGUUUUCAAUUGAAGGACAUAUUUACAGCAUCGAAUUAUAAAAGAAAUUUGAUCUUUCAGGAGAAUAUCUAUUGUCAUAAUUGAAGACUGAAAAAGACAUCAUUAAGUUGUAAAAUCAAUUUGCUUAGCUCUUGAUUCACACCAAUUAUCACAAUAAGGAAGUUAACUUUUAAGCAUUCAAGCAACUAGUCUCUUUCUAUAUUCAAUAGAACAGACCUCUUUUGAGUGUUAAAUUAUUGAACAAGCUCAGAAACAAUCAAACAGAAUCAAAUCGAAUUGUGAAUCAUAAGUAUCAACUUAUGGUCAUUUAGUAUUUAAAUUCAUAUAAGGGACCCCAAAUUUAAUAUGUUCAGGAAUACUAAUAAGAUUUGAGUAAAUUUGAUGCUGACUUUUGGAAGAGUGUUGAGAUCAAGUCCAAUCUAGAUAAAACAAUAAAAUCACAUUGCGAACACAUUUUGUAGAACAAACCUUUCAAUGUUGAAUAAUUGGAAUCAAAUGAAUUGGAAUUUUUGUAGGAAUAUCCAACUGCAAAAACAACAAAUCCAUUUUAUACAAAUGAUCCUAAUUUGGAGUGGCAAAACAUUCAGAUUAGCUUAUUCUAAUCUACGUAAUAGACGUAAUAAGUAUCAUAAUAAUAAUAAUGAAGUGUGGAGUAAAUUAUAUAUAUAAAUAUAUAAAAUUAUUAUUAUUCACAAAUGUUAAUAA